AUGAUAAGAGUUCUGUCCUAAGAAUUUGAUCAUAAUGUUUUUUUGAUUUGGAUUGUAAAGUGCUGUUUCGUCGAGAUGAAAGGAUUCUUGAUUUUUAUAUUUUAUAUUGGUGGAUUAGUGUUUUUGGUCAACUGUCAAGGUUUCCAAGAGCCUUCUACCAGACUACUAAAGCCAGCUCCACUGCCCAUUCGACUUAAAAUGAAAAAAACAUCAUUUUGGAUAGAUGAUGCUCAACAAGCACUCCGAGGCAAAAUCGAAAGAUCUUUAAAUGAAGGAAAAGCGAAAAAUGUAAUAUUAUUCCUAGGAGAUGGCUUGUCCAUUGAAACCAUAGCAGCUGGACGAAUUUUAAAAGGCCAGUUAGAAGAUAGACUUGGUGAACGAAGUAAACUGACUUUCGAAAAUUUCCCGGCUGUCGGACUUUCGAAGACUUAUUGCGUGGAUAAACAAGUUGCGGAUUCUGCGUGCACUGCAACGGCUUAUCUUGGUGGUGUUAAGGGCAAUUACCGAACAAUCGGAGUCAACGGAAAUGUAUCAUUAAACGAUUGUGGAAGUGCUAUGAAUCCAGUCAACCAGGUUGAAUCAAUUGCAAGUUGGGCUCAAAAAGCAAAUAAAUCUACUGGUCUUGUGACAAAUACAGCCGUUACUCAUGCAAGUCCAGCUGGUGUAUAUUCUCAUCUUGCAAAUAGAGAAUUCGAAAGCGAUUAUAAAGUCAAACUUGAAGGUUAUAAUCCUGCCAAAUGUGUCGAUGCAGCGAUGCAAUUAGUUCAUCACGAUGUUGGGAAGAAGUUAAAUGUUGUUUUGGGAGGAGGAACUAAACGCUUUUUGCCUAAUGGCACAUUGGAUUUCUAUGGAAAUGCAGGUGAACGGUUAGAUGGAAGAAAUCUUAUCAGCGAAUGGCGUCAAUCGAAAACAGGACUAGCAAAAUCAAUAUUCAAUGUGCAACAAUUGAUUGCAACUGACUACAAUAAUACUGACUACUUGAUGGGACUCUUUGCUCCAGAAGCAAUGAAUUUCAAAACUGAAGCCGAUGUUGUUAAAGAACCUUCCCUUGAACAAAUGACAGAAGCAGCCAUUAAAAUCUUGCGAAAGAAUCAAAAUGGCUUUUUCCUUUUUGUUGAGGGUGGUCAUAUUGAUACAGCUCAUCAUGAAAAUAUGGCACAAAAAGCACUCAUAGAAACUUUAGAGUUUUCAAAGGCAAUUCAGAAAGCCUUGGAUAUGACGAAUUCAGAAGAAACUUUAAUUGUUGUUACUGCAGAUCAUAGUCACACUAUGACAUUCAGUGGAUAUUCUAGUAUCGGGAAUAAUAUUCUGGGACUGAAUACAGAAAAGAGUGAUGUUGAUAAUUUGCCAUACACAACACUCAGUUAUGCCAAUGGACCAAGUUAUUAUAAGCAUUUUAAUUGGACUGGAGAACGUUUGGAUUUGAAAAAUGUGAACGUUUUGGACAAGGAGUUUCAGUAUGUAAGUACAUUUCCUUCAAAAACAGAAACUCAUGGUGGCGAAGAUGUUGCAGUUUAUGCAAAUGGACCAUGGUCACAUUUGUUUACAGGAUCUUUGGAACAAAACAUUAUACCUCACAUGAUGGCUUAUGCGUCAUGCAUUGGAGAUGGCUUAACAAUGUGCCAAAAUCCGAAAGCUAGGAGUUCAGCAGCUGUUGUACAAAUUUCAGUAAUUCUCAUCAUAUCAAGUUUGAUUUUAACUUUAUUUAAAAAUCAAUAGAAA